ACUUUAUUAUUAAAUAGACAAUGUCGGAGAUUUCGUCUAAAAUUAAACUUUGGCAAAAUCUAUCUAAACAGCACGUCCACAAGCAGCAGGUAAUUUCCGGAGAGUGGGCACCGAUUUCUCCAGUCAUGUUCAACAAAGAAGAGUACGGUUCACUCAGUGAAAAACGAGGAACGGAAGCCAGUAAGAGAAUUGAUGAAGAAUUAUUUCAACUAUACGAAAUCAUUGCUAAUAUCGGCUAUUUAUCGAAUGGCUAUUAUACCGUAACUUUCGGAGAAUUGUUUAGGGAAUACGAAACAAUUUCCAAUAAGCUCAACGGCUUACUUGUAAGGGCUAGGAAAAGGGAUAUGGUCAAAUUCGAAGGCGAGGUACUUUUCGAAAGAAAGGAUGAUAAUGUAGUAAUAAAAUUAGAAGAAUUCAAGUUGAAAAGGCUAAAGGAUAUUUCCCAAGAAGCGUCUUUGAACUUUGACUCCGAAUAG